UUCUAUAUUUUUAUGUAUACUUUUCAGUGAUUUUUCUUUUUUGCAACAAGUUUUCUUACGUUAUGAAUGGGGAAACUGAGGCUCACUUCCCCAGUGAUUGGCACACCAAGGAGUACUGAGUAGUUCUCUUUGGAGUCUUUUCUCACACAUUUAGUCAAUAAUUCAACACUUGAGGCUCAAUAGAGGGCUUUAAGGGGACACAAAACCGACCAGUACAGAGCUGGCCCCAGGCUUAAGGCUGCUGGGGUUAGAUCUGAUUACUUAUUAGUGAGUUAUAGUGACAGUGGUCACAUGACUGUUUUAUUAAUUUAAUUAGGUUUUUGAGACGGUCUCAGUAUGCAGUCCAGGAUGGCCUUGAACUCACAGAGAUCCACCUCCCUUUGCCUUCCAAGUGAUGGAAUUUGUUUUUUUUUUUGUUUUUUGUUUUUUGUUUUUUUGGAGCUGGGGACCGAACCCAGGGCCUUGCGCUCGCUAGGCAAGCGCUCUACCACUGAACUAAAUCCCCAACCCCCAAGUGAUGGAAUUUAAGGCGCACACCACCUCGUCUAGUCACGGGACUGAUUUAACCUCUUUUUUUUUUUUUUUUUCCCCUUUGGAGCUGAGGACCGAACCCAGGGCUUUGCGCUUGCUAGGCAAGCGCUCUACCACUGAGCUAAAUCCCCAACACGGGACUGAUUUAAUAGUGUUCGAGUUCCCUUGCUGACCCGAAAUUGACUUUCUAGCAAUUCUGGAUGUACAAGGCUGUGAAGAGGUCACAGCUAGGGACUGGCAUUUACCUGUAACCCAUUCUCUGGCCUCGAGAGGGCGUCGAAUCACCCAAAACAUUGCCUGAAGCAAGGUGCCCAUGAGCGUUUUGGGCGAUGGGCAUUGGCCGGCCCGUUACUCCCCAGUAGGCUUAAUUGUAUUUAGAGGUGGUGGCGCCCUAGCGGUCUGCGCAUGCGCAGUCUGGAGAGUUGUGGGCGUGUGCGCAGGCGCAGACCAUUUAGAACCGGAAGUUGAGGCGUCCGCGCUAUUUCGGAGACAUUCAGGACCUGGAAGUCCAGAAUGAACCCUUGUCCCUUCCAGAGAUCACUGCAGGAGUCAUGAAGUGCUUUGGGCGUCCCCACCUACCCACCAGACCCCUGGCUACCCUCCCUGCCAUCCACAGUGCCCCUGUACAAGGAAAGGAGAGUUCACUCUUUGAAGAGAAAGCAGUUCUUGGGUGUGGGAGCUAGGUGAGACUACUUUAGUGACAGCACUUUGAUAGGAACCAUGCCUCCUCCCAGGACAAGGGAGGGGAGGGACCACCGAGACCGAGACCACCAUCGAGCUCCCAGGAAGGAAGAGGCCCCGGAGAAAUGGGACUGGAAUUGUCCAGAGACUCGUUGCCUCUUGGAAGAUGUAUUCUUCCGCGAUGAGGAUUAUAUCCGCCGUGGUUCAGAGGAGUGUCAGAAGUUCUGGGCUUUCUUUGAACGCCUGCAGAAAUACCAGCACCUCAAGACCUCCCAGAAGGAGAAGGACCCUGGUCAGCCCAAACAUGGCAUCGCUGCUUUAGCUGACCUACCUUGCACUUAUGACCCACGCUACCGCAUCAACCUCUCCAUUCUCGGCCCGGACACUCGGGGUCGUCAUGGGCCCGGCAAGGGGCUGCCCCCCGAAAGAGUGUCUGAAUUUCGCCGUGCACUGCUUCACUACCUAGACUUCCAGCAGAAGCAAGCUUUUGGGCGGCUCGCCAAACUUCAGCGUGAACGUGCCGCGCUUCCCAUCGCCCAGUACGGGAACCGCAUCCUACAGACGCUGAAGGAACACCAGGUGGUGGUGGUGGCCGGGGACACGGGCUGUGGCAAGUCCACUCAGGUGCCCCAGUACUUACUAGCUGCCGGCUUCAGUCACGUGGCAUGCACCCAGCCCCGGAGAAUCGCCUGCAUCUCACUGGCCAAGCGAGUUGGCUUCGAGAGCCUCAGUCAGUAUGGCUCCCAGGUUGGCUACCAGAUCCGCUUUGAAAGCACUCGGUCAGCAGCCACCAAGAUUGUGUUCCUGACGGUGGGGCUGCUCCUUCGCCAGAUCCAGUGUGAGCCCAGGCUGCCCCAGUACCAGGUCCUGAUUGUGGAUGAGGUGCACGAGCGACACCUGCACAAUGACUUCCUGUUGGGCGUCCUGCAGCGCCUGCUGCCCCAACGGCCUGACCUCAAGGUCAUCCUCAUGUCGGCCACCAUCAACAUCUCUCUCUUCUCCAGCUACUUCAGCCAUGCUCCUGUGGUGCAGGUGCCUGGGAGGCUCUUCCCCAUUACGGUGGUGUACCAGCCGCAGGAGGCAGAGCAGUCAGCAUCCAAGUCAGAGAAGCUGGACCCACGGCCUUUCCUGAGGGUGCUGGAGGCCAUCGACAAUAAGUAUCCCCCCGAGGAGCGGGGAGACCUCCUCGUCUUCCUCAGUGGCAUGGCAGAGAUCAGCACGGUGCUGGAUGCUGCCCAGGCUUAUGCCACCCUCACCCAGCGCUGGGUGGUGCUGCCGCUGCACAGCGCCCUCUCUGUGGCCGACCAGGACAAGGUGUUCGAUGUGGCUCCAGCUGGCGUACGGAAGUGCAUCCUGUCCACCAACAUUGCAGAGACCUCAGUCACCAUCGACGGCAUCCGCUUUGUGGUGGAUUCUGGGAAGGUGAAGGAGAUGAGUUAUGACCCACAGGCCAAACUGCAGCGGCUGCAGGAAUUCUGGAUCAGCCAGGCCAGCGCUGAGCAGCGCAAGGGCCGAGCGGGCCGCACGGGCCCCGGUGUCUGCUACCGCCUCUAUGCCGAAUCCGACUAUGAUGCCUUUGCUCCGUACCCAGUCCCGGAAAUUCGUAGGGUGGCCCUGGAUGCAUUGGUGCUUCAGAUGAAGAGUAUGAGUGUGGGGGACCCACGCACCUUCCCCUUCAUCGAGCCCCCUCCAGCUGCCAGCGUGGAGACUGCUAUCCUCUAUCUUCAAGACCAGGGGGCCCUGGACAGCUCGGAGGCCCUCACCCCCAUCGGGUCCCUGCUGGCUCAGCUGCCUGUAGACGUUGUGAUUGGGAAGAUGAUGAUCCUGGGCUCCAUGUUCAGCCUGGCAGAGCCUGUGCUCACCAUUGCUGCUGCUCUCAGCGUCCAGUCACCAUUCACCCGCAGUGCCCAGAGCAACCUGGACUGUGCCACUGCCCGGAGGCCGCUGGAAAGCGACCAGGGUGACCCCUUCACGCUCUUCAAUGUCUUCAAUGCCUGGGUGCAGGUGAAGUCUGAGCGGAGCGGAAACUCUCGCAAGUGGUGCCGCCGCCGGGGUGUGGAGGAGCACCGGUUGUAUGAGAUGGCCAACCUACGGCGACAGUUCAAGGAGCUGUUGGAGGAUCAUGGGCUGCUGAGGGGGGCCCAGGUAGUAGCCCCAAGGGACAGCUACAGUCGGCUGCAGCAGCGGCGAGAGCGCCAGACCCUGCAUCAGCUGAAGAGGCAGCAUGAGGAGGGUGGGGGACGCAGGCGCAAGGUACUGAGGCUGCAGGAAGACGGCUGCUCCAGCGACGAGGACCAUGAGGGCUCUGCCUCCCAGCGGGCUGACAGCGUUGACAUCCAGGAUGUGAAAUUCAAGCUUCGCCACAACCUGGAGCAACUCCAGGCAGCUGCCAGCUCAGCCCAGGACCUGACCCGAGACCAGCUGGCCCUGCUCAAGCUGGUGCUUGGGCGGGGCCUGUACCCACAGCUGGCUGUGCCCGAUGCAUUCAACAGUGGCCGCAAGGACUCGGACCAGAUUUUCCACACGCAGGCCAAGCAGGGCACCGUGCUGCACCCCACCUGUGUCUUUGCCAACAGCCCUGAGGUACUGCACACACAGGGGCCGGAGGCCUCAGGCCGAGAAGGGAGCCAAGACGGCAAGGACCAAAUGAGCUGCAAGCACCAGCUGCUGGCCUUCGUCUCCCUGCUGGAGACCAACAAGCCAUACCUGGUGAACUGCGUCCGCAUCCCCGCCCUCCAGUCCCUCCUGCUGUUCAGCCGCUCCAUCGACACCAAUGGCGACUGCUCCCGCCUGGUGGCUGACGGUUGGCUGGAGCUGCAGCUCGCAGAUAGUGAGAGUGCUGUCCGGCUCCUGGCAACCUCCCUACGGCUCCGUGCCCACUGGGAGAGUGCCCUGGACCGGCAGCUGGCCCAGCAGGCCCAGCGACGGAAGCUGGAGCAGGAGGAAGACCCGGAGUCUCCAGCAGUCAGCCCCCAGGAGGUGGCUGCUCUCAGCAGGGAGUUGCUGCAGUUCAUGGCGGCCAAGGUUCCCUACCGCCUCCGAAGGCUCACUGGUCUAGAAGCCCAGAACCUCUAUGUGGGACCUCAGACCAUCACGACCGCCCCUAGUCUCCCCGGUCUCUUUGGAAAUUCUAUCUUGUCCCCACACCCCACCAAGGGGGGCUACGCUGUCUCUGAUUAUCUCACCUACAACUGCCUCACGAGUGACACUGACCUGUACAGUGACUGUCUGCGCUCCUUCUGGACUUGCCCACACUGUGGCCUGCACAUGCCCUUUACACCUCUGGAGCGCAUUGCUCAUGAGAACACCUGCCCUGAGGCGCCGAGUGAUGGUCCAGGGUCUGAGGAGGCUGCUCCUGUACCAACGCAGAAGACAUCAGCCCUGCAGAGGCCCUACCACUGUCAGGUGUGCGGGCAGGACUUCCUCUUCACUCCCACGGAGGUGCUGAGACAUCGAAGGCAGCAUGUGUGAGCCGGCACCUCAUGGCCAGAGCUCCCCUGAGCACCCCAAGUGGGGGUCAGACAUGUGUCCAGGCAAAUAAAGUCAGACUUUGCUUCA